GCACGUGUAUGGCUCCAGACAGACUGCAGUAUGCAGAGCUCAAGGAGAGUUUGAGCACAGCGGAGGGCUUUCCUAUCGGAACCACGGUGUCAUACGUCUGCCGGCCAGGCUAUAAAAGGAUCCCUGGAAAACCAUUAACUCGUACAUGUGGUGAAGACUUACAGUGGUCACCCACAGAGCCGUUCUGUACGGAGAGAAAAUGUAGGCAUCCAGGAGAAUUAGAACAUGGUUUUAUUAAUGUGACAGAUCUUACAUUUGGCUCAAAAGCUACUUUUUCUUGUGAAAGAGGAUUCAGGUUACGUGGAAUUGAUGAAAUUUCCUGUGUAAUUAAGAAUGAAGGUGUUGACUGGAAUAGAGAUCUUCCUUUCUGUGAAAGAAUUCCUUGUGGACCACCUCCAAGCAUAGCCAAUGGGCGCUACACUGAAGCACCUGACUAUGUUUAUCAAACGCCGGUAACCUAUAAGUGUAAUGAUGUACCAAAAGGCGCGGAUCCCUUCUCACUGAUUGGCCCAGCUACUAUUUUCUGCACAUAUGAUGCACACUCAAAUGGAGUUUGGAGCGAACCACCUCCACAAUGUCGAGUGGUCAAAUGUGAUAACCCAAAGGUUGAAAAUGGAAGAAAAAAAUCUGGAUUUGGACCUUCCUAUAGCUAUAAGGACUCAGUCAUGUUUGAGUGUGAUCCAGGCUAUUUCAUGAUUGGACCAGAGGUUAUAACCUGUGGAGAAAAUGACACCUGGUCUCCUCCAAAACCAACUUGUGAGAAAAUUACUGAAGGUGUAUGUGGUGCCCCGAAGAUCACUCAUGGAGUAGUGAUUCCAGCGAAAUCUGUAUAUGAAGGAGGAGAGUCUGUUCGGAUAAAGUGCGAUGCUUACUGUACUUUUCCUAAUGGUGCUGAAGAGAUGACAGUAACUUGUCAAGGACAGAAUGCAUGGAGUUCUUUACAAGACUGUGCAUGUGGGCCUAAAACUUCUGGUCUUGCUCCAAGCAUAAAUCAUGGUAGAAUAAUUGAUGGACAAAAACCGUCGUAUUCUGUUGGGGAUUUUAUUACGAUUGAAUGUUAUGCAGGCUACACAUUACAUGGUGAAGCUCGUAUUGAGUAUAUUGGAGAAAACCAGUGGAUUCCUGGAGUGCCAACUUGCCAGUUAAGUGCAUAUAUUACAGCCAUCAUCUGUGUGAUUGUGGCAAUUGUGGUGUUCCUGGCAGCCUUCUGGGUCUAUAAGAAAUUCUUCUCACAAAAUGGGAAACGUGACAGCACUCCAUGUACUGCCGAAUAUAAGAUCUGUAAAGCAUGA